CCACGUCAAAGACAGGACUCGGGUGUGCAAACGAACGCACCCUUGCCUUCUCAUUGACUAACUGUCGGUGUCUGACAUCAACAAAGAGCCGGUGAAAUCGUACGAAGUCCGCUACUCUCCUUCACGUCUGAGAAGAAAUGGAAACCGGUCUGAGUCAGGAGAAGGUAGCCACCUUUCUGAAGCGCCUGCAGGCUGAGCCACGCUACUUGUUGGCUCAGAACGUUUCAACCUGCAUCGACCCGCUGGAGGUUUGUCUCCACCGGCAGACUGUCCAGGAUACAGUACACAUCUUCCAGCACGCUAUCCCCACAGAGGGCAAGCCUGUCACCAACCAAAAAAGCUCAGGGAGAUGUUGGAUCUUCUCAUGUCUCAAUGUCAUGCGGCUUCCCUUCAUGAAAAAGUUCAAUAUAGAGGAGUUUGAAUUUAGUCAGUCCUAUCUGUUCUUUUGGGACAAGAUUGAGAGAUGUUACUACUUCCUCCAUGCUUUUGUGGAAACCGCUCAGUGCAAGGAGCCGGUAGAUGGACGCCUCUUACAAUUCCUUCUCUCCAACCCAGCAAAUGAUGGAGGACAGUGGGAUAUGCUGGUCAAUCUCAUUGAAAAGUAUGGUGUCAUCCCAAAGAAAUGCUUCCCAGAGUCACACAGCUCAGAAGCCUCACGCAGAAUGAAUGGCAUUCUCAAUCAUAAGCUGAGAGAGUACUGCUUCAGACUGAGGAACAUGGUGGCCAGUGACGCAACUAAAUCGGAGAUCUCUGAGGCCAUCAACACCAUGAUCGAGGAGGUGUUCCGAGUGGCCAGUGUUUGUCUCGGUAACCCACCUGACACCAUCUGCUGGGAGUACAGGGACAAGGAUAAGAACUUCCAUCGCAUUGGACCCCUCACCCCCCAGGAAUUCUACAGGGAGCACGUCAAACCCCUAUACAACCUUCAGGACAAAAUCUGCCUUGUUAAUGACCCUCGACCCCAAAAUCCUUACGGAAAGCUGUACAGUGUAGAGUUCCUCGGAAACAUGGUCGAAGGUGGCAAGACUCUCUACAACAAUCAGCCCAUCCAGCUUCUUAAAAAGGCUGCAGCUGAUUCCAUAAAGGCGGGAGAAGCAGUGUGGUUCGGAUGUGACGUGGAUAAACAUUUCCAUGGCAAGCUGGGGAUUAACGACAUGAAUGUCUUCAACCAUGAGCUGGUGUUUGGCGUUUCAGUGAAGAACCUUACUAAGGCCGAGCGCCUGAUAUGUGGAGACUCUCUAAUGACGCACGCCAUGAUCCUCACUGCUGUCACGGACAAGGAAGGAAAAGAAGGCUAUGAAAAGUGGCGGGUGGAAAACUCCUGGGGCGAUGACCGUGGGAACAAAGGUUACCUCAUCAUGACAGAUGAUUGGUUCUCAGAAUAUGUGUAUGAAGUGGUGGUGGACAAGAAGUUCCUCUCUCCUGAAGUCCUGGAAGUAAUGCAGCAAGAACCUUUCGUACUUCCGGCCUGGGACCCAAUGGGCUCACUGGCCUAAGUAGACACCCAAGUUUUUAAGCCUUAACCUCUGGUCUCUUCCCUAAGCUGAUUUUACCUCCCAACAUUCCUUUGGAAUAAUGCCAUUGUUCUCAAUGAAAUAAAUAUUUCUUUUUUUUCUACCA